AUGGAAAGUUUGAUAGAAGUUAAUAGUGAGGAUCCAUUUCAAUGCACUGUGUGUGGAAAAAACUUGGGUCGCAAGUGGGAUUUAAUACGUCACAUGAGAACCCAUACAGGGGAGAAACCUUUUCAAUGCAGUCAGUGUGACAAAACCUUUUCUGUUAAAAGUUCAUUAGAUUGCCAUGUCAAAUUACACAGUGGAGAAAAUCUACACCAAUGUGAUUUGUGUGUGAAGAAGUUUGCAAGACGUUGGGACUUACUGCGUCAUCGGGAAACGCAUACAGAUCAGCGACCAUACCAGUGUUCUCUGUGUGGUAAGAGCUAUUCCGUGAAAAACAGCUUGGACUGCCAUAUGAGGAUACACAAGGAAGAGAACCUAUUCCAGUGCGCAGUGUGUGCAAAGGGCUUCGCACGGAAAUGGGAUUACCUCCGCCAUGUUCAAAGCCACACAGGCGAGAGGCCAUAUACAUGUGAACUGUGUGGGAAAACUUUAGCAUCAAAAAGCAGUUUACGAUACCACAGACAAAUUCAUGAAAAUUCUGAAAUAUAUAGUAAUAACACAGACAUGAUAAAUGUAUAUAAUUGCUUAAUCUGUGACAAGAAAUUUUCACGCAAGUGGGAUAUGUAUCGCCAUGUAAGAACGCACUCCAAAGAGAAGCCAUUUAAAUGUUGUGAAUGUGAGAAGGACUUCGCGGUUAAAAGCUCGCUUGAUUAUCACAUGAAGUCACAUAAUAAACAGUAUGUCCACCAGUGUGUGCUCUGUGCAAAACAUUUUGCAAGAAAAUGGGAUUUGAUUCGUCACAUGAGAAUACACACGGGUGAAAAACCUCAUCAGUGUUCGGUAUGUGAAAAAAGCUUUUCUAUAAAGCAGAGUUUAAUACGACACAUGGAAACACAUACCCAGGAGAAAAACUGGUAUCCAUGUCUUCUGUGUAACACAAAGUUUUUUGAGAAAAAUAGCUUGGAUUAUCAUAUGAGAACACAUUCAUUGGCGGUCGUGCUUGAAAAUUGCACUCAGAGCCUCAUUGAUGAUUGUGGAUUUCGAUUUCUCACCAGGAACAUGGCCCCGAAAUUGCCAAAUCAUGAAAAAUGUGCUAAUGGAGAAUACUAUUUACCCACAAGUUAUAAAUGUUCUGAAAGCGCAAAUUGCAAAUUAGAAGCAACAGGGAAAAUGUACAGUUUGAGUGAAGUGCAGGUUGUUGAGAUAUUUCGUCUUACAUUUUAA